UUUUCCGUGCCUGGUUUUUUCCUAUAUUAUCCAAAUAAUCGUCCCAAAGGAAAAUUCCAAAGCCUUCACUGAGUUCAACGGAAGAAGGAGCAUUCCCGAUUUCCCAGAAACCCAACAAGAUCAAAAUUCGAAGAAAGUUCGAGUCUUUGAGCUAGUUUGAUUGCUCAGCCUAGUCAAGCUCAUCAGAAAGAAGAAUCAUAAUCGUGUAGUCGAGGAUUUGAGUUUAGAUGUUAGUUGGGGUUUCACUAAAUUUGGAGAGGUGGGACAGUAGCCUGACCAGAUGAAUGUGGUUGGCAAAGUUGGGAGCCUAAUUUCCCAAGGUGUUUACUCUGUUGCCACCCCCUUUCAUCCUUUUGGUGGGGCAGUUGAUGUCAUUGUUGUUCAGCAGCAAGAUGGGACGUUCCGAAGCACACCUUGGUACGUUCGGUUUGGAAAAUUCCAGGGUGUUCUGAAAGGUCAAGAGAAGUUUGUCCGGAUAAAUGUAAAUGGGAUUGAUGCCAACUUCCAUAUGCAUCUUGAUAACUCGGGUGAGGCUUACUUUAUAAAGGAGGUUGAUGCUAGUAAAGGAAAAGGAAGUGAGGCGAACGGGGCUGAUUUGGAUAAUUUAAAACGAGAGGAUGGUGGCCAGAAUAGUAAUCUUGACCUUCAUAGACUUGAGCAUAGUGUCUCUGAUUCGGCAGUAAUCCAAUUGGAUGAAUGUUGUUCCUUUCGUGCAAACCGGUUAGAGAGAGCAGAAUCUGAUGUUGAUCGGAAGUUUUAUGAAUUUCAAGAUGAUCAAUCUUCUCUAGAAGGUUCAGCUGAGUUAUCAGAGUAUGGGUCGUCUCGAUAUGAUAAUUUUGAUACUGAGCUUCUUGGGGAAUCACAGAAUUUAAACCCAGAAGUUAUAUUGGUGAGUGUGGAUGGUCAUGUAUUGACUGCCCCCAUCUCAGCAUCAGAACAUAAUGCAGAGAAUUUGCAAUUAGACACGCCUAGGUUUAAUCUGGGCCCGGGUGAAGAGACUGACUUUUGUGAAGGAAAUGAGGAGUGUUCAGGAGAGAAUGCUUGGGCAGAUUAUAUUAGUAAGCUGGAUGCACCUAGAACUAGUGUUGCAGCCGGUAAUGUUCGCAGCAUUCAGAAUGAUAACAAUGGUACUGGACUCCAGGUUGAAGUUUGUGAUGGAAAAGAAGAACAGGCCUGUCAAGCUCAAGAAACUCAAAAGACUUCAAACCAGGAAAGAGAUCUUCAGAUGCAUGGCGAUUCAGAAGAUGCAUCUGCUGCUAAGAAGGCAGAGGUUUUCGGGAGCUGCUUGGAGCUAACAGAGCUGGCCAAACGUGCUGGUAAAAAUAAUGUUGAAGAUGAGGGUUCCUCAUUGGAGGUUCAAAUUUCAGCAGAAAAGUCUCAACAGACUCUAGAUACUGGUAUUGUUGAAUUAAAAAAGAACGAUGAGUUGUCUGCUUCCUGUGGUUCUGUUUUACCUGGCAACAAUAUGUCUCCAGAUUUACAAGUUGGAAACGAAUCAGGACUUGCAUCUGAUGCUAGUAUUGAUAGCAUUUCAAUGCAUUCUGUCAGCAAUGAUUUAGAAAGGAAGGAUGAACAAAUGGGUGUUGACAGCAGUUAUGUUCAUUCCGUCAACAUUGAUUUUGAAAGGAAGCAUGAGCAAAUCGGUAUUGAUAUCAUUUCCGCACAUUCUGUCAGCAAUGGUUUAGAAAGGAAGGAAGAACAAAUCAGUAUUGACAGCGUGUCUGUACAUUCUGUCAGCAAUGCAUUGGCAGAAGUUGAUGGGACAGAGACUAGUCAGGGAAGACCUGCAACCGGAGAUGAAUGCAGUAAAAGUGAGUCAAUAGAACCUGGAACAGCAUCUCCCAGUGAAGUAAUACAAGUUAAUUCAAGCAUUAGGUUUGAGAUCUCACUGUGUAGGAAUGAACUUCGGGUGGGUAUGGGCGUGACUGCUGCUGCUGAAGCCUUUGAUGCCCGUCGCGUUUCUGCAGAGGAUUUCAAAACUUCUGCUACAGAAAUUAUAAAAAAUGAAAAUCUGAUCAUCAGAUUUAAAGAUAGAUACUUUUCAUGGGAGAAAGCAGCUCCUGUUGUUCUUGGAAUGGCUGCAUUUGGUCUAGAUUUACCCCUUGAGAGCAAGGAUGCAAUUCCUGUAGAACAAGAUGACACAGAAAAACCGUCGACUCCUGGACGUAAAUGGAGGCUGUGGCCUAUUCCAUUCCGAAGGGUCAAAACACUUGAGCACACCAGCAGUAAUUCAUCAAAUGAGGAGGAAUUUGUUGAUUCUGAAUCCAGUUUGCAUAACUCUCAAGUUGAAGCAACUCCUGAGUCCCCUCAAAAGCAACUUGUAAGGACAAAUGUUCCCACCACUGAGCAGAUAGCAUCUCUAAAUCUCAAAGAAGGCCAAAAUGUGAUAACUUUCAGUUUCUCUACCAGAGUUUUAGGAACACAACAGGUUGAUGCACAUAUUUACUUGUGGAAAUGGAAUGCACGCAUUGUAAUUUCUGAUGUUGAUGGAACUAUUACCAAGUCUGAUGUUUUAGGUCAGUUUAUGCCAUUAGUUGGAAAGGAUUGGACACAAUCUGGGGUGGCUAGACUUUUUUCAGCAAUUAAGGAAAAUGGAUAUCAGCUACUGUUUUUGAGUGCACGUGCAAUUAUACAGGCAUACCUAACGAGAAGCUUUUUGAAUAAUCUAAAACAGGAUGGAAAAGCAUUACCCAGUGGACCUGUCGUUAUCUCACCUGAUGGAUUAUUUCCGUCAUUAUUUCGUGAAGUUGUAAGAAGAGCACCGCAUGAGUUCAAAAUUGCCUGUUUAGAGGACAUAAAAAAACUCUUCCCCCAGGAUUACAAUCCAUUUUAUGCAGGUUUUGGAAAUAGAGACACAGAUGAGCUCAGCUACAGAAAAAUUGGGAUUCCAAAGGGCAAGAUUUUUAUAAUCAAUCCCAAGGGUGAGGUGGCCAACAGCCAUCAUCGUGCUGGUGAUGUGAAGUCGUAUACAUCUUUACAUACUCUUGUCAAUGACAUGUUUCCUCCAACUUCAUUGGUUGAGCAGGAAGAUUUUAACUCAUGGAACUAUUGGAGACUGCCGUUGCCAGAAGUUGACCUAUAGUAAUGUUUUUGACCAAGAGAAAACAUACAUUUCCCUUUUGGCCAACAUUAGUGGCUUCAAGGAGCGUAUACAAUAUAAGAGAAUCACACACUAGGCAUUCUUCCUGAUCUUCAAAUCUAUGCACAGAAUUGGUCAGUUGUACUUAUUAGCGAGAUUUGCAGUCCAUUGACGCUGUACUUGUAAUAGAAAUAUGGAAUUUUUUAUAAUCAGAAAGCUCUCUUAAAGAAUAACCAAGUGAUA